AUGGCAUAUAAAGCUGUAAGGAAGUCUGCCCGUCGCUGGGUCUUGUGCCUAUAUAUAUGGAUAUUUCGGUACAAGACUGAAUCAAAGAACCACAUAUGCUCUAGGAGGCGAGUCCGAGUGGCAAAAGUAUCUGUGGCUGUAGUAAUGCCACAUAGAGCUGUGGCCAUGUCUGCAUAUGAUGGCCUUUGUAGAUUCGGGGUUCUAGCAAGCCUGCAGUUGAUCUUUGAAAUGGAUGAAGGCCAAGCUACAAACAAAGCUCUAGGGUUCAGUGGUGUGAACUAUGAUUCAUGGAAAAUCAGAAUGGAAGCAUUCUUAAUGUCUCACUUUUAUGAUGUUUGGUAUGCUGCAGUAAAUGGAAUUGUGGUUCUUAAUCCUGAAAAUCCCUCUGAAGCUGAUAAAAUUGUUGUGGCUAAUGAUGGUAAAGCCAAACAUGUCAUUUACUGUGCUUUAAAGCAACAAGAGUUAACUAGAGUCAAGAAUUGCAAGUCUGCUAAAGAAAUGUGGGACUCUCUUCAGGCUGCCCAUGAAGGAAGUACUGUCAUUAAAGAAAACAAGAUUCAGCUCUACAAAGUUCAAUAUGAAGCUUGUAAGAUGGAGGAAAGGGAAACUAUAGCUGAGUAUUUAUUUAGGAUCAAUGAUAUUGUCAACAAUAUGAAAUCCCUUGGUGAAGACAUUAAGGACUCAGAUGUUUGCAAGAAAAUUCUCAGGUCUCUUACACCUAGAUUCAAUGCAAAGGUUACAAUCCUUGAGGAUAAAGACUUAUCUCAAAUGAAGAUUGAUGAUCUACAAGCUUCUCUUACAGCCUAUGAGAUGAGAAUUGGAACUCUUACUCUUCAAAGAAGAGAAGCUGCACUUAAAGUCAAAGAAGGUACUGAAAAAUCUGAUCCGAAGUCUGAGGAAGCUGAUCUUGAAGAGGAUGAAGUGGCCUAUCUGUCAAAGAAGUUCAAGAAAUUUAGAUUUAAGAAGAGAAGUCAAUCUCAAAAUCUAACUUGUUAUGGAUGUGGCAAGCCUAGCCAUUAUGUCUCAAGUUGUCCAACUUUAAAAGGACAAAAUCAGAGGAAGAAAGAAGGGGGAAACUUCAAGGGAAGAUUUGGAAGAAAGGCCCUCUUCACAGAUUGGGAUUCUGUUUCUGAAGAAGACAAACCUGAGGAAUCAAAAGAAGAUGAGUGUUUGUUUAUGACUACUCUUGAAACACCACAGAAAGCAGCUGAAGUUGAAGAAGACAGUGAAGACAGUGACUCAGAGAUUGAAGAAAUUCUUGAAGAAUGUGAGAGACUUGCUGUGAAGUGCAAUCAACAAAAGUCUCAGCUAAAAGUCCUUAGCUCUGAGUUGCAAAAAUCCAAACAACUUCUUGUUAAACAUUUCAAACUUAAGCUGUCUACCUUAUGUUCAAUUUCUCUUAUCUUCUCAAGUCUAAAGAAGUCUUAA